CUGCAGUGCGCUCUGGACCGAGCUCCUGAUGGUAGCGCGGUCGACUGAGACCAGCUAGUGCUGCCCAUCGAUAACUUUGAGGAGCAGUGGGUGCUGGCCGGGGUUCUCUGUGCAGUGUCCCCAUCUGGCUCCCUCAUUUUAAACCACUGACCCACACCCCCUGACCGUGUUUUUCAUUAUUUGUCCCCUGGAAUCAUUUGAUCCCCAGAUUCAGUCGUCCCUCCUCCAAGGCUGGGGGGGGGCUUUUUGUCCCCCUAAGGUUUCAAAUAGUGCCCCACUACACUGCCCCACAGAGUACCACCAGUCCAGACUUCACCUCCAGGGGCAAGGAGGCCUGGGUUCAAAGUUAUUGGUAUUAGCUGCAUGGGAGGGACAGUGGGUCAAGACACCACACUCAGAGCUUCCAGCCCCAAAGGGCUUGUUUGAGCUUUUAGCCUGGUGGAGCUGAGGGAGGAGUGGCCCAGAGCUUCUAGCUCCAUGGGGCUUCUGCCUCUGCUGGGUGGGGAAGGGGGAGGGUUGGGGCUCUAGUCUUUAGCCUAUCUGGGUAGGGAGGCUGGGGGGGGAGGGGCGCACCAACCUUUAGCAGUGGGGUACCAGCAUUGGAGGACUCUGCUUUGCAAACCCUGACACUGCUCACAGCCCGCCCCCCUUCAGAACAGCUGUGUUACACUAUACUUGUGUACAUGUUCACACACACAAGCCCAAAAGAUGCUAAUUCCACUCAACACACUGGUACAGUCUCGGGUUUAGCUCCGGUGCAGCUUUGUUUACACUCAAAUCGAGACAGGCUCCUGGCAAUAAAGCAAAUGCGCGUAAAAUUCCAAAACGUUGGGAGAAUUCUUCCCUCGCUGAGACUCCCCCUCGUGUGAAUUACAAGCCAGCACCACGGCUCCUCCCCGCUCCUCCGUCACUGGACCCACGAUAUCAACCAUUAUUUUAAGAUCUGCACGUUAAACUCAACAAGUUCCCUGUCACAGCCCGUCCAGAUCAGAGUGAGUGAACACGAGAACUCUCCCUAGUGGAGAGCCGGCGCCAGUGGCUGCUUGCUGCCUGCCUCCCACAGCCUGCCUGCGAGACACACACACGGAGCUCUCGUCCUAGCGCCACAGCACACGCCACGCUCUCCAUCGCUCAUGCAUUUCCAAAAGUAGCAGGGAAUUCAGCUUCAUCAAAGCAUCUGCCUGCGAGACAGGAACACUACAGAGAUUGCUUCGUCCUGACCAGCUUGGAAACGGUGGCUGCUGAAGCGACCCCCUCCCUUUCUACCCCCUCCCCCUUCUCCCUUGGAUUCGAGAUCUCAGUGAAGACAAUUGCAGUAAAUGAGGACAUUUCAGGAGUGCGUGGCUGCCGCCGCCGCCGCUGCCUCUAGCAAACGCUCUCUUGGUCACAGCUGAAUAAAUGUCUCAGUGUGAUAGCUAAAGGGGUGGUGGUGAUCAAGUCUCCGGAAAGCAAAAGAAAAUUCCCAGCCGGUGUAUCUUGCAGCAGAUGCUCUACACCAGUGGAUCGUUUCACUGCAAGCUUGCAGAAGUGAGCGGAGAGAAAUGCAUCACAAAGGAAUUGCACAGACUUUUAGUUAUUUUUAAGGCAGCCUAAGGCAUCAUGGUGAGUAAGGAAUCCAGCAAAUGCUUACUCACAACCACUGAAAGUGAAGUUGAGCCAGCAGCUUCACUUGCUUUGGAGAUGAAAUAUGCAUUGGAUCCCAACCGACAGAUUAAGAAAAGAAACAAAGCCCUUCAGGUGAGAUUUAAAGAUAUCUGCGAGGCCCAGAAUGAACAAAGGGAGAAACAACUAUCUACAAUACAGCAUGCAGACAAAAAAGAAACAAAACCCAUCUCUUAUAAAGCAGCUUAUCGUAAAUAUAUGACGGUCCCUGCACGAAGGUCAAUACCUAAUGUCACUAAGAGCACAGGAGUUCAGACCUCACCAGAUCUUAAAAAGUGUUACCAGACAUUUCCUUUGGAUCGCAAAAAAGGGAAUAUUAUUAAAAGCAUCUCAGCUGUUGACACCUUUAAGAGUGAAAACAAUGGAUUUUUAAUAGAUAUUAAGGAUAAAGAUAAUAAAAACUCAGGGGAGGCUGCUCAUAGUAGCAAAAUCAGUGACCUAAAGACAGCAGAGUUUAUUUCCCAUACUAAUGAACGCAUGAAUGCAGUAGAACAGCCUUCUAGUGACAACUGUUCAGAGGCAUGUAGAAGCACUGAUUUGCACAGCUGUACUAAAGAACCUCCUUCUCUUCAAAACUCAGCAGACUCUACUUCAGAAGAGCCUGAUUACCAGCUGCAUGAUAACGCAAAACAUGAUACAGGACCACUGGAUAUUGAGGAAUCUAAUCAAUCAGCACAUGGGAAAGUGUUUAAGACGGAAGUAGCUACAAUUUAUUUACCUGCUUCCAGUUCACAUGCCACACAGCCUGACCUGCAAAACUCUGCAGCAGAGACUGAGUGGUCACUCUGCCCAGCAAUAGAGGAGGAAAAAAGGAGAACUGUGCAUCUUAAUGGUCUGCAAUCCCAAUCAGUGAAUGCUCAGGCCUACUCAACACAGGCACAGUGCCCAUCAGCCGAAUGUAAUGAACAGACCCUUCAGAUAAAUGUUUCACCUAUGGAAGAAAACCAGCCUUGUCAGACAGCAGUUGCUGUGAGUGAAGAAUGCCAACAAAUUGUGCCUCGUACAGAAGUGGUAGACUUGAAAGCACAGCUUCAGAUGAUGGAGAAUUUGAUCAGCUCAAGCCAGGAAACCAUAAAAGUGCUGUUGGGUGUCAUUCAGGAGCUAGAAAAAGGAGAAGCUCAUAGAGAAGGGCUUUCAUAUCGGACUGGUCAAGACACAGCUAAUUGUGACACAUGCAGGAACAGUGCAUGUAUUAUCUAUAGCGUGGAGCUGGAUUUUAAACAGCAGGAAGACAAACUACAGCCGGUACUGAAAAAACUUCACCCUAUUGAGGAAACUCAGGUUGCACCUUUGCCUUAUUCUCAGGAGAGCUACUCCUCAACUCCCAAACAAAAAUCCAAAACUGAUUCAAAAAAACAUGGAAGAUGGAAACUCUGGUUUCUUUAACAUAGUCCAUUAGCUAUGUAUGGAGUUUAAGGCCUUCUUUGAAACAUAUUUGGAAUUCAAUUAAUCAACUAAAAAGGGUUCUUGGUAAAUGGAUCAGUGUUAUUAGCCACAGUUACUCUGGUUAUUAUGGAUAGCAUUCAGUUCUCACCAUGUGUACCAAAAAGGCCUUUGUACCUAUAAACUGAUGUUCAUGAGCAAGGCGUUAAAUCAUACCUUGCCAACUUUUACUUGCAGUUCACCAAUGUGGGAUGUAAAAUCCGAAUUGAAAAUUGUAUAGACAAAGAUAACCAGUAAAAUUAUUCCCCCCCUUAGAUCUAGAAGUAUCACAUUUCAAUCUAGAAAAUGCCAUCACUAUUUUCAAGCCUUUUUAUGUUCUGUUUUAAACAUUAAUAAGGAAAAAAGCAAGCCUUAUGUUUGCAAAGAUCUUCAAUUUUACAUUUAAUUUUGCAAAUAAGUGGGGGUCAUGAGAAGUGCAAUUUUUAGCACAUAAUAUCCUGGAGAAAGCACAAUUUUUCAAAUGGUACAAGACCAUGAAUAAUCUCUAUGAUGUGACUAUGUGUGUGUAUUUGCCUUCAUGUGCUGUAAAGUUAAAUGACGUUAUUACAUCUCAGCUUCUUACUGACACCUCUGAUUUAGUGUCAUCUUUAUCAGACUUAUGACAUAUUUACUGCUCUUUUCCAAAGGACGAGCAGCCAGAAACCACCUGAAGUCAGGACACGCCUUUAAUCACUAAAAGUUGACAGGGUCAAAGCACUAAGCUUUCUUAGAUUUCACUUGUAUCUUUUGGUACCCGAAAGCCAAAAUGUUAUGUUCUGGCACAGAAUAUGAAAAAAAAAUGGAUAAUAAUAAAAUGGCAGAUUGUUGGCAGUUGUAACAAUUUAAAACCUUUUUGUAGUUUAAUCUUGAGAAAAACUGUACACCACUGUAGAGGGUGCUAGAUAUUUCAUAAUAUGCAUUAUGCUUUUAUUACAAGAGUUCAGAGGGGACUGGCAACUUUAAUAGUUAUUUAUUUAGCAGAGCUUCUAAGAUCAAUUUCCAGACCAACAUAAUAUAUCAUUUGUAUUAAAAUAAUAUAUCAACUGUACUAAUCAAUCACACUUCAGGGGGAAAGCUGUCAAUCAAAUUUCUUCUGAGAGUUUUAAAAACAGUAACACUUUAAAUCCACUGUAAUCUUUUCCCUUUGCAUAUUAAGCACUGUCAUUAAAAACUCUAAUUUAGGUGACCGUCUGGAAAACUCUUGUAAUGAUAGGGACUGGGAAUCUUGUUUCUUUUUGUUAAAUAAUUUGAAUAGUGUACACUCAUUUGACAGAAACUGGGAUACAAGAUACUGGUUCUGCAAUUUCAUAUCCCAAGGCAUCAUUAAGAUGUGGAUUUUUCAGUCUUUAGAUGCAGCAAAAAAACUGGAAGAAGUGAAUUCCUAACAGAAGAGUUUGCACCUACUAAAUAAACCUGGA